AAUCCAAACUCACAUUCUCAAACCUCUAACACAGUUGGUUCCUCUCAACCUCAAAUCUCUCUCUCUCUCUCCCUCUCCCUCUCAACUACCAAAACCGCUUCAUUUCCGAAGAACCAAAAACACUAUCUUUCUCACAUAUUGAGCAAACCCAAAAGGCCAAAACCCAUAAACAAAAGAAACUCUAAGGGGUGAAUCAAAAUGGAGAACUUGUUAGGCCUGGUUGACCAUGAGGACUUGUUCUCAAAGCGUUGCAUUUGGGUCAACGGUCCUGUGAUCGUAGGGGCAGGUCCAUCAGGGCUAGCCACAGCAGCAUGCCUUAGAGAACAAGGGGUACCCUUCAUGGUUCUAGAAAGAGCAAAUUGCAUAGCCUCUCUAUGGCAAAAACGCACCUAUGACAGGUUAAAGCUUCACCUUCCUAAACAGUUUUGCCAACUACCAAAGCUUCCAUUUCCAGAAGACUUCCCUGAAUACCCAACAAAGAAACAGUUCAUAGACUACCUCGAAUCCUAUGCAAGACACUUCGAGAUCAACCCACGAUUCAAUGAGUGUGUUCAGUGUGCAAGGUACGAUGAAACCAGUGGAUUGUGGAGGGUUAAGACCGUUUCUUCAAAUGGGUCCACUAGAAACGAGUUUGAGUACAUUUGUAGGUGGCUCGUUGUGGCCACUGGUGAGAAUGCUGAGUGUGUGAUGCCUGAUAUUGAAGGAUUGGGUGAAUUCAAAGGUGAUGUCAUUCAUGCUUGUGAUUACAAGUCUGGGGAAAGAUUCAAGGGAAAGAAAGUUCUUGUUGUUGGUUGUGGCAAUUCUGGCAUGGAACUCUCACUUGAUUUGUGUAACCACAGUGCAUUACCCUCUAUGGUUGUUCGUAGCUCGGUUCAUGUGUUGCCUAGAGAGAUUUAUGGGAAGUCAACAUUUGAAUUGGCUGUUUUGAUGAUGCAAUGGUUGCCACUUUGGGUGGUUGACAAGAUCCUAUUGGUGUUGGCAUGGAUAGUGUUGGGUAACAUUGAGAAGUCUGGGCUCAAAAGGCCAUUAGAGGGUCCAUUGGAGUUGAAGAACUCAAAGGGUAAGACCCCUGUUUUGGACAUUGGUGCCUUGGAGAAAAUUAGAUCCGGUGACAUAAAAGUGGUGCCGGGAAUUAAGAGGUUCACCAAUUGCUGCGUUGAGCUGGUUAAUGGUCAAAAGCAAGACGUUGAGGCAGUAGUGCUUGCAACUGGGUACCGCAGCAAUGUCCCUUCUUGGCUUCAGGAAGGGGAAUUUUUCUCCAAGAAUGGAUUUCCAAAGUCACCAUUCCCUAAUGCUUGGAAAGGAAAUGCUGGGAUUUAUGCUGUUGGGUUCACAAGGAGAGGGCUCUCUGGUGCCUCAUCUGAUGCUAUGAAAAUUGCUCAAGAUAUUGGCCAAGUCUGGAAACAAGAGACUAAGCAAAAGAAACAACGGACCAAUGCUUGUCAUAGACGUUGCAUUUCCCAGUUCUGAAUGCCAAUAACACAACUAUACAAGCGGUGCUGUUUCUUUUAGCUAGAAAUUUGUUGGUGUAUAAACAAAAUAACAAUAUCUUUGUAAAGAUAUAGAGAAAAGAAUAUACACACAAAUAACAGAAAAGCACAGAGACAGAGCCCUCUCCCAAGGCCCAAGUUUUUAACCUUAGUGUUUUUGGGCCUUUCUUUUGAACACCAAGGAUGAUGAGGCUUUUUACUUUUUACCAAUUUCUUUUCCUAUAUUCAUACAGCUUAUACAUGUACCAUACUUCAAUUCAUUGAUCAAGUUAAAUGAUACAGUUUAAGUUUCACUUUAAUUCUCUAUCUUGUCUUUACCCCCCUUUUUUUUUUCGAUUUAUAGUCUUUUUUUUCCCCUUCUUUUAGGAAAUAGGCUUAUAAAUGUCGGUGAUUAGUGGUGAAAGUUCUAUUCUUUCAUUCACAAACAUUGUCCACAAGGACGAAUAUAAAAGGUUGGUUGGGUGAGCCCAUAUUUGGUUGCAGCCAACAUUUUUUGGUUAGAUAUGGAAAUCCCAAAACUUGAUGAAGUGAAAAGCAAUAAAGGUCUCUAAAGGAAGGUUUCCAUUUUAGGCUUCAUCUUAGAUUUUUGAGUCCUUUUCCUUCUUUCCUCUUUGCUUCCAUCGAUUAGACUUUCUCCAAUAAGAUAGAGACUAAUUAAGUGAAGAAUUUUCAUGACAGACUUUCUCAACUUGUUGGUGGAGAUUUAAAGCAGCUACCCAACAAAUUUGAUGCAAAAAUUGCUCUCCCCGGGUUGAGUAUCUUAUGAUGGAUCUUAAUGUGAUGUAUCAUUAUCCAGUUCAUAUAUAACACAUAGGAAAAUAAAAUGUUCUAACUCACGUUGUCUUUUCUCAUAAUAGUAGAGGUUGUGUCCUAUAAUGGCCCACAGCUUCAAUGUUGUGACAACUUGUAGGACUCAACUCCAUCGCCCUCAUCACAUCUCUCCCUCUCCCUUAUGAAUUAAAGCCAAUUCCAAGAUGACCACAUAACAAUAUUCUUUUUAAAUAACAGUUAUAUUGCUAUAUUGGGUUUGACCCACAUAUAGAACUAUAAGGUCAUUCAAACAACUAUUGCACUCCAUGCACAUGCUCAAAGCUUAAUUGGACCAACAAAGCCCUUAAAUGUAUAUUGCAAUCAAAUCAUUUCUGUAAAGCAUAAUUCCUAACUACAAUACAGUUCACAUAACUUGGGACCUAAUUAUUAUGUGAAGAGUGAGUUGUUUUUUUAUUAUCAAUUAUAUAUAAUAUAAUUAAUCCUAAGUUUCAUUAUCGGAUUUAAAAUUUUAUGGAAGAAAUUGGGUUCGGUUCUAAAAUCACGUGAUAAAACUAUGACCAAAAUUGUGAAAAACCAAAUAAAAAAUUUGGGUCUUGAUUUCAAGGCCUAAAACUCUGACCAUUGGCACUAGGUCAGGUAGAAUCUGUGUUUGCACUAAACUAACUGCAUUUUACCCGUUUUUUAUGAAAAAAAUGUCUAUCAAGGACUAAAAUCAAAGUCUGAUACAAACAGUCAAUAUUUGAGAGAGGUAUGAACAUAAAAAUAGGCCAAAUACACUGCAUGAUUACACCCCCUAAGUAAUUUACAGAAGGCCUAAAAGUUAUAGGAUACAUGACUUAGAUGCAAGUAGUUAAUAAGUUUAAGACUAUAUAAUCCGUAAAAGCUUCAAACUUUGAAAGUGCUUUGCGUUUACUCAAUCAAUCAGUGUCAUAUACCCCUCAGAUAUUCGAACUCAACAAUUAACACAAUUUGUAGCAAUUAAUCAGAUAAACAAUUAAACAUUCUCUAAUUUAAUAAGCCCGACUAAGAAAUUUCAUAUAAGCUAGGCCAAUCCAAACACUAGCUAACACUUGAGUAGGUUGAUAAUGAUGAACUCUGCUCACACAAGUUUUCCAAUUAAUUACCAAGAAUGAUAAAUUCAGUUAAAUUAAGAUUGAAAGAAAAAGUAAACUCUGGGAUUUGUUCAUUGAAACUCUAAGCUUCAACGAAUGCUUGAUACCUCAAUAACUUAAGGCUCUCUUCAGACUCUUAGAAUAUGACACUUUAGUGCUUGGACUCUCUUAUAAAGUAUGUGUUACUUUUAACUAUCUUGAAGAUACUUCAUACUCUUACAGCACUU